AUUGUACAUUUUUUUUGCGAAUUUACUAUUGAUGGUAAGUUACCUAUUUUGUGUUUUUACCAUCAAUCAAAGCUAAUUGGUUUUGCUGUAUUUACAAUGUCCGUUUUAAUAUCACUAAACAAAGCAAAUACUCCCGAAAUACUUGGAAACUACUUGUUUAAUGUCGGCUCCUAUGUAUCUCUUUUCUGUUCAACCUUCUUACUCCUUCUUCCUGUUUGGGGAUCAAUCGCUUUAAAGCGAUACAGUGUAUUAAUGCUAAUUUUGUACAUAAUAGGAAUAACCAUCUUGAUACUCAUUACAUUCUGUGGUGGGGUGGCUCUGCUCGCUUUUCCAGCUCCUCUCGGAACUGCAGUGAGAACUGAAAUGAACAGGACACUAUUCAGAGACUAUGGCAAAAAGGGUUUUAUAACAGACGCUUGGGACUUUAUGCAGUCUCAGUUACGCUGUUGUGCCGUUGAUGAUAAUGGCUGGACUGCAUAUCGCAGUUCUUGGUGGGAUCUAUCUGUCAACGCGUACUUCUAUAACGUUAGUUCAUUGUUAUCAGACACUAGCUCCUUCUACAAACGAGUUCCAGAAUCUUGCUGCCUCACUCUUAUUGACCCUCUUACUGGUCAUCCAACUGGGCAGUUUAAGAGCAUUGAACAGUGUCAAGGUUGGCAAUAUGGACCUCCAAGAUUCUUCGUAGGUGCCCAUAACGACGCAGUUUACUACAGGGGUUGUUUUUCGGCAAUCAAAUCCUAUCUCAAACGAUAUAGCAUACCCGUGGGCUCCCUUACACUCAUCGCUAGUGUCCUAUUGUCUUACUUGUUUUACGAUAUAGAGAUAUACCAAAAAGCAAAAGAAGGCUUUACAAGUGAAGCAUAA